AUGCCGUGCGACGCACAAGCGGGCCAGCGGCUUGUUCGGGCCCUGUCGCGAGCAGAGACUUGGGAUACUCGGCGGGCUCUGCUGCAGACGCUGGUCUCUGAGCUUCGAGAUACCGAGAGUGUCACUUUUUUCCUACAGGAAACGAAACUUCGCUCGGUGCUCGGCCAGCUAAUCGAAAGGGCCUUGCGGGCAGCGCAGCCACACAUCGUCGACCUACUGGACCUGACGAUGCAGGUGAUUAAGUGCCUUGUCAAGUCGAUGCAGAGAGAGGAUGUGGUCGAUUUUCUGGAGGAAAGCAAGUCUCUCGUUCACGGCCUUAAAGCGCUUCGAAAAUUAGGACGCAGCAAAGGCGUUUCUGCGGAGAAUUUCGUCGCUGACGCAUCCGAAAAAGCCUGGGGCGAGCGACUUGCGACCUUGCGUGAGCAGGCUGCGAAUAUAAUCGCUGAAAUGGAACAGGUAGCUGGCCGAGAAAAACCCUCGACGCCAUCAGCGCCCGAAGAAACACCAGAGGCAGGUGAGAGUCGUUCGCUACCGGUAGCCGUGCAUGCACCAGUCCAAACAACCGAUUCCAGUCACCCUGGUACCACUGAAGCAUCUAUUCACGCGAAUGCAGAUGCGAGUAACGCUUCUGCAAAGGCCGCUGCAUCCCAGGAUGAUACAUCAGAGCCAGCACAGUCGACUGUUGGGGAACACGAAACGCCUCUGGCGGUCGGGGCGCUUUCGAGUUUCGCCUCGGCAGACGCGUCGAUGAAAACGGGACGUAAGCGACCGCGUCCACGACCAGAACGUGACACAGCUUUGCCGGCUUUUACAAGCUCCUCUGAUGAAGCUUCCCAAAGUGUUUCUGCUCGAGCUACGGAAUCUGUAGGUACGCAGCCGACCGUCGACGUUAGUGACGCAGAUGCGUCGCUCUUGCCACAACAAGCUUCAGCACACGUAACAGCAGCUCGAGCGGAGCGAAUGCAUCACUCCGAUGCCCUCGAGACAACGUCACCACCUGGAGCAACAAUACCCGAGCGAUGUGCGAACGAAGCAACGCAUCAUGUACCUACACCUACCGUGCGCGAUGCAGGUCACACCGGCGAUAUCGCCGAAAAGGAAGCAUCAUCAGCCGAAUCAACAUCAUUCGUAGCACCAGAAGAGGCAGCAGCAACUUGUGCGAUAACCAAUCGAUCUGCGAAGCGAGCGAAAAUGGAGGCUCCGCGUCCAGCCCUUCGGAUCCGAACAUCCGCUGACGCAUCAUCGACGAAACUUGCUCGAAAACCUGCAUCAAAGCGUGUUCAUUUCGCCCCAGAGCCUGUGCUUGUGCAAGUCUAUGCCUUUGAAUAUAUUCCCGACGAGCGCACGCAUGCCCCUGUGAACCUCGCUGGCAUCGUGUCUGAUACCGAUGAACCGGCAUUGGACGGGGAAUCAGGUGCGACGAGUGCGACCAAAGAGCGAUCGACGCACGCUCCAGGCAAUGGAUUCUCAGAGGUCGUAGAGGAGGGUCGUCUCAUGCAAAAGAAACGCCAACAUCGCCAGAAAGUUCUUGCUGAAAUGCGGGAGGAUGCGACAUUCUACCCGCCGCCACAUGUCGAGAGUUCCUGUCCGCUGGGAGCAGCUGGCGAAUGCGAGCAGCUGUCCGACGUUCUCGCCAACGGCUCUACUGUUGGAUGCGUUCCACGCAACGCGGACAGUCAUCAAAGCGGUACCAUUGGAGUCGUUUCGCCUGGGUCGCUAUCGUCCGGUGUGCCCGACGAACCGAUGCCGCCGUCGCCACCUCGUGAGCGCUCGCUCGACAGGCAGACACCACCACCGAGCCUGCGGGUGAUUCCAGAGUAUCGCGUGGAGCAUCCAGCUCCAACCUCGUUUUCCUACACACCGGCAGGGGCGCUUGCACCGGCGGGAACACCAGAAGCGACCGUAUCUGCACCAGCGGCUGCCACGACUGCAAACCUAUUGACAUCGUUCCACGGGACACGAGGCCCAAGUACGCUGGAUCCAACGCGAUUGCAAACGAAGCCCUCGGAUCGGAUACAGCCGCCUCACCUGGAGACCAGCCUCUGGUCAGCGAUUCCACCGAAUACGAGCGGCACGCCUGUUUCGGCUACAUCGCAAGGCCAGCAUACCGACCUAUUGCAGCGCAAUCAGAUAGAUGAGGCUAUCUUGCAGCAUUUCCUGCUCGUGAAAGACGAAGAGACCCGUUUACAAUUACUUUGUGAUGAAAAUGUCCUGCGAGUAGUCCAAAAGUACGCGGAAGAGAAACAGCGAGAGGCGGCUUUGCAGCACGCACAUGGCUACCGCCAUGCGAACGCAGCACCCGGUAACCAGUGGAGCGGUUAUCCAGCACCGGCACCGGCACCAGCACCAGCACCACUAGCGGCAGCGUUUCCUGCACUGACUCCUCAACAGGCUCCGUUCCCGGUGUUGAAUGGCAUGCCAUCGGACCCGAUCGGCUAUCACGGAUUCGUUUCGCCAGCGCUGCGAAGAGAGACCGCCAGCUCCGCUGCGUACGCUCAAGCGACUGGGGUGAACAACGACUCCGCACCUAUUUGCAAGUACCACUUGCGCGGUUAUUGCAGACGCGGUAAGUGGUGUCGCUUCCGGCAUAUAUCGCCGGACAAGCCAUAG